AUGUGUGUUCACUUCUCAAUAAAAAAUUUAAAACCAAAUUUUAAUCAUUAAUCUAAAUUACAAAAAAAAAAAUUUUUUCAUAAAAGAAAAAAUAUAAAUAUAAAUUUUCAUAAAAGAAAUAAUUAAAAUAAACAAUAAAUAAAUAAAUUUGCAAAUAAAAUGAAAAAUCAUACUUCAUUUUUUAUCUUCAUUUUAGCAAUUUUUGAUUUGUUUUAUAUUGCACUCGCAGGAUAUAGUAGCGGCCAAGAGUAAGAGUAUCAGCAAGUCUAUUGCUAGCUUUAUAAGCAAUUCAAAGAAUUUGAAUUUUAUAAUUAGAUUUACCUUUUGAGUAAAUAAUAUAAUCAUGCUUAAUUAUUGGGUUAGGAUGCUCAAAUAGAUAUCAAAGCUUAACAGAAAUGCUUAGAAGCAUUAGAUAAAUCCAUUAUUGAUAUUAGCUACGCCAAAUAAAUAAUUUUUGAAUAAGAUGGGCUAAUUAUUUUAUUCUUAAAAAAUGAUGAAGGAUCACAUUUAGAAAAAUAAGUCUUAUGUAAAUAGUUUAGUUUUUUAAUUAUGCUUUGA